AUGAAUUAGGUAGGUAAAGUUAACCAUUUAUUUUCUAUUUGCUUACAAUUAGCAAAUGAAGCAGCAAAGAUUAUUCAUAGCAUAUAAACUGGUGGAUUGAAAGCUGAAUAGUGGAAAGGAAAGGACGAUCCUAUGACUAUUGCUGAUAUUAAAGCAUAAACUCUUAUCAUAAGAGGUAUUAGAAAAUAUUACCCUAACAUCACUAUUGUUGGCGAAGAACAAAUUGAAUUCGAAGGAGAUCUUGGCUAUGAUGUUAAUAACUUGAAUCCUAAUUUGAUUCCUGAAUAAUAUUUCAACACACCCAAGAUAUAAAAUUAGUUUAAUAUUGAUGAUGUAGUUGUUUGGAUUGAUCCCUUGGAUGGAACCCUUUCUUAUGUAAAGGAAGAGUACGAUGCAGUUACUACUCUUAUAGGUGUUUCUAUUCAUAAUAGACCUUUGAUGGGAAUUAUUUCCUAGCCUUAUCAUUUGGAAAAGAAUGGCACAUUUACAUUUAAACCCAAGAUCUAUUUUGGUCAUGUAGAUAGUUCUUAAGUGUAUUAUGCAUAUGGUGAAGAAUUAGAUGAAGAAGGUAGAAAGAGUUAUUUACCCUACGAAUUCAGAUUGUAACAUACUAAUAGACCUUUAGAUUAGUUGAUUGGUGCAACAUCUAAGCAUAGAGUAAAAGAACAUGUUUUAAAUUUUAUUAAGAACGAUUUGAAGCCUGCUGUUUUGCUUUAAAAUGGAGGUUCAGGUAAAAAAUCAUUACAAGUUCUAGAGAAUGAAGUUGAUUUUUGCACACACUUGAGUAGUAAAGCUAGUAGAUGGGAUACAAUAGCAUGCGAAGCACUGCUUCAAAUCUAUGGAGGAUAAAUUACUGAUAUUUAUGGAAACAGAUACAAUUACGAUAGUAAACUAACUAAUUAUUACAAUGUUAAUGGAGGAGUCUAUACAUUAAGACCUGAUGUUCAUUAAUAUUUAAUAAGUAAAACAAAAAAUUUUUAAAUUGAAUGA